AGCACCCCGGCGUCCCGGCCGCGGGUUCCCUAGGAAGGCUGGAAACCCCCCUUUACGUGCGUCUUUGUGUUCGGGGCUUUCUGACGUGUACUGAAACGCGCCAGAUGAUCGACAGUGGUGUUGCCGUGCUGCUAAUGUAAGGCUUUUGCACCUAGCUCAAGAAUGCAGAGGCGAAGUAUAGAAAAUAGUAAACAUCGAUAGGACAUAUCUUGACCCAACGGCACCUAGUGACUACCUUUUGAAUAUUUGGGAAAGAGCAAUAAAGAAAGAGGCAAGAGUUUUGAUUGAUCUGGAUACCAUUGAUGUCAGUAAUCUCAACAGGCAAUUUUUGUUUCAAAAGAAGCAUGUUGGAAGAUCAAAGGCUCAGGUUGCCAGAGAAAGUGUGUUACGGUUUCAUCCAGAGGCUAAUAUUACAGCUUAUCACGACAGCGUUAUGAACCCUGAUUAUAAUGUGGAGUUUUUUCGGCAGUUUACCCUGGUUAUGAAUGCCUUGGAUAAUCGAGCUGCCCGUAACCACGUGAACAGGAUGUGUCUAGCGGCCGACGUCCCCCUCAUCGAGAGCGGAACUGCGGGCUACCUCGGACAAGUCACUGUGAUCAAAAAGGGAGUGACCGAAUGCUACGAAUGUCAGCCGAAGCCGACCCAGAAGACCUUUCCAGGCUGCACCAUUCGCAACACGCCGUCUGAACCCAUCCACUGCAUCGUGUGGGCCAAGUAUUUGUUCAACCAGCUGUUUGGAGAAGAAGAUGCAGAUCAAGAAGUAUCUCCUGACAGAGCUGAUCCUGAAGCGGCUUGGGAGCCAGCAGAAGCAGAGGCCAGAGCGAGAGCCUCGAACGAGGAUGGGGAUAUCAAGCGCGUUUCAACCAAGCAGUGGGCCAAAUCCACAGGAUACGACGCUGUUAAACUCUUCACAAAGCUUUUCAAAGAUGACAUCCGGUAUCUGCUAACAAUGGAUAAGCUUUGGAGGAAAAGGAACCCUCCAACACCCCUGGACUGGAAUGAAAUACAAAAUCAAGAGAACAGCACAACCGACCAGCCGAACGAGCCUUCCUUGGGCCUGAAAGACCAGCAGGUCCUAGAUGUCAGGAGUUACGCGCGCCUGUUUUUCAAGAGCGUAGAGACCCUAAGAGUGCAGCUGGCUGAAAAGGGCGACGGGGCUGAACUUGUAUGGGAUAAGGAGGAUCCUUCUGCAAUGGACUUCGUCACUUCGGCUGCAAACCUCCGGAUGCACAUCUUCAGUAUGAAUAUGAAGAGCAGAUUUGAUAUCAAAUCGAUGGCGGGAAACAUCAUUCCAGCCAUUGCGACCACGAACGCCAUCAUAGCCGGCCUGAUCGUGCUGGAAGGUUUAAAGAUCCUCUCAGGAAAAAUCGACCAGUGCCGGGCAAUCUUCCUCAAUAAGCAGCCCAACCCAAGGAAGAAGCUUCUGGUGCCGUGUGCGCUGGACCCCCCGAACCCGCAUUGCUACGUGUGUGCGAGCAAGCCCGAGGUGACGGUGCGGCUGAACGUCCACAAAGUCUCCGUGUUGACACUGCAGGACAAGAUAGUGAAAGAAAAAUUUAAUAUGGUAGCACCAGAUGUCCAGAUAGAAGAUGGCAAGGGGACCAUUCUUAUUUCUUCCGAAGAGGGAGAAACUGAAGCAAACAAUCACAGGAAGUUGUCAGAAUUUGGGAUCCGAAAUGGCACCCGGCUGCAAGCAGAUGACUUUCUGCAGGACUACACCUUGCUCAUCAACGUGUUGCACAGCGAAGAGCUUGGGAAGGAUGUGGAGUUUGAAGUUGUGGGCGAUGACGUCGUUGGCCCCAAAGCAUCCGAGCCGCGCACCAAGAGCAUCGCCAAUGGGAGUGAUGACGGGGCCCAGCCCUCCACAUCGACAGCUCAAGACGACGACGACGACGUGCUGAUCGUCGAGACCGAGGAAGGCCCUUCCUGCAAUGCCGAUGACACCGAAAGCAAGCACCGCAAGAGGAAGCUGGAGGAUAAGGAGCACAGGGGCACAAAGAGGCUGCGGGCAGAGCCGCCGGCCGACGAUCAAGGCGACGUGAUCGCCCUUGACUGAGUGCUGGUGCCUUCAGGCCGCUGGGAUGUGGUUGCGUCCCAGAACCACCCCUUCCUCCAGGACAGAAGCACUGCCUUCCUGUUUGCAGGCUCUGCCGUUCUCUCAUCCAGUAGCAUUUAGAACCUUUCCGAAAAGCUGUCCGGAGCCUCGUAGACAUCCAGUUUAUAAGCCCUUUUAAGCAGUCACAGGAGCAAAGCAUGGCCUUUUGUCUUAACUGUUUGAAUGAUGAAGAAUCAGGAUGGGAAAACCAGGGGACUCCGUUACGGGGAUUCUCGCUCGAUUGCUUCUGGGAGGUUUUGAAUCCUGGCUCGUAAGUUCAGCUAGCCUGCUUCUCGCUAAGUUUUCACGCCUGCAAAGUAAAACAUUUUCAUCGAAGGUGUGUCGCGUUUCAUCGACCGGCAAAAUGUGCAUUAAUGUAAAAAAAAAAAAAAAAGGCCAGGUUUGUCUGCUCUCGUUGGCUCGUACUGCCUGGUAUCAGUGUCAGAAACAGGCUUUGGUGUACUGUUACAGUAUCAGGUUAUUUAUACAGGUUGUUUUGUAAACCUCAGUGCUCCGCUGUUCACCGAUGGACCAAAUGCACAUACAGACUGUUGGCCGCUUCCGGCUGCGCAGCCCACCUGUGUGCUGGACUGAGGGUUUGUAAAGUGCGUACGCGGUCUUCAUACUUAAUGCUGUACUCAGUCUGGGUUUUUAACAUCCUACAAGCAUGGUUUGAGACUUUGGAAACAUCCUUUGUUGAAAUUGAAAAGGGAGGAUUUUUUUAAUAAAACACUUUGUCACUGA